AUGUCUGAGCGAAGUCGAAGAAAACAACGUGUUCAAGACGAUGAUGAAUUGAGUCUGGAAUCAGUCGAACUCGACCGAGCUAUUGAAUCAGAACUGCUCACUUGUUGCUACUGCCAAGCGCCGUUGAAAGCUAUCCCCUUAGAUAUCGAUGACACCAGUGGUGAACAACGUUUUUUCUGGGCGUGUAGAAAUUUGAAAACUAAGACGUGUUACUUCCCAAUGGGUUUGCCGAACAACAUAUUUUGGUUGAAGCGCACAGAAGAACAGCGCAAAAGGAAUUACUUUCCACGACCGGAUAUAAAGUUUCUUCCUCGAGAGUUC